UUACGGACUUGUUAACAGUCCUCUUUUAUACUUUGAUCAAACUGGAACGGAAGUGAAAAGGUUUAAGGAAACUGUCCAGCUUUCGCCAAAAAUAUCGGGCAAAAUAGCGUUGCUAACGUUAGCGGUUGAUACUCGAUAGCUGCCGUUAAAUGUGUCUCUGACAGCGGUCCUGUUAGUUUGUGUCCUAUAUUUCUGAUCCAAAUAUCUUUAAAGUAUUCUCUGUGUUUGAAGUUAUAAAGAGUUCAACCGACCAUGUGCAACAUUUUAUUGGCUUUUUGUUUUAUUUUGUUAGUAUGUUCGCGCUGUCCGUGUGUCCCUGUGAAAUCGUUUACUAGCAGAACAAAGAAAGCAAAACAAAAGCAGUGUCGCUGUCAGGUGUUUUUACUCCACCGAUGUUCUUCAUCAGCACUUUGAUUGUCAUGUUCAGAGAGAGGUGUUGUUAUCUAAUUGUCAGUCUCUGGUGGGAUCUCUGAGUCCCUCGGUGCUUGACGUUUAGCAUACAAAUUAGCCCAUCAAGCUAACCAGCAGCAAACAACACAAAUUCACGCUUUAAAGGAAGUUGUUUGGAUUUUUUACUCGCUUUCUUUAUUGAAAAGUUCAUAUCGUGUGUUUUUAAGGUUUUAAAGCCCUCAACCUAAAGUAUUUUGGUUUCUUCCUUAUAAGUGAGGACGUUACAUUUGUGUCAGCGAGCUAACCGCAGUGUUUCUCCACUGUAGGUCAGCUGAUGUUUGUUAAUGCUCAAGCUUUGUCAACAACUUUUUCAAACAAUACAAACUGGGGAAAGUCAUGGUCAGCUUCAGCUAACUAUUGAUACAUAACCAUAACACGUCAAGUCUAGAAAAGUGUCCUCCAAAACGAUUGAGAUCACAAGGGUGUAGAGUUAAAAUAAGCUUACUUUAUUAAAACGUAAUUAUCUUAUUCAAUAACCUGUCAGCUAACAAUUAUGUGCAGCUCUUCUAGACUUAGGCCUUCAUUUUCUCUGUUUUGCCAAACCAAAGGUAAUCACUUUUAAUGAGAAGGGCUUUAGAUCAACUAGUAUUUGUACUUUCAGUCAAAGAUCCAAAAACAUUUAUAUCUCCAGUGGUUAGAAAACAGCACAGAAUCGACAUUAUUUUAAUGCUUCUCUUAUCAGUAAAACACGCCUCAGUUUUAGUAAAUAUUCCAGAUGGUUUCAGUGAUUGGAAAGACGAUUAUUAAAAUAAUGAUGUGCAUGUUUAGUUUAUUUAAAGCCAAAAGUGAAAGAUACUUUUCAAAAUAUUUGUUUUUCUUAAACACAAGGAAAGUACACCUUUAUUAUUGAUAAAUAUCAAUUGAAUAAAUCAAUUGACAUAUAAUAGUAAGUUUAAGCUUUUCCUUCCUGCAACAGUUUCUAUCACCCUGCUGUUUUUCCAUCACUUUUUUCCCUCAGUUUUUCCAUAAGCUUCUAUUUUUAAUUUGCACUGAAUGGGAUUGAACAAAAUGUUCAUCUGGUACAAUGAAAAUAAAGAUUCUGAUUCUGACCUGUAAGUCCUCCUACGUCACAGCCACACAUAUCUGUUUUAUAAUAAUAUAAUAUUUAUCUGUGAGUAGGUCUUCCGGAAAUAUGGUAUUUGUGUGUCUGUACCUGCAUGUUUUUGGAUCACGAGAGACAACCAGAGUGCCACAGACACAAAUGGGGAAAACUUGCAAACUCCACACAGUAAAACCUCGGCCAGUACCUUGACUGUCAGGACUGAAUAGUGCUUCAUUUGCUUUCGUUUAGUAGGUGCAAUGAGGUUGUGCAACAAUAUAGAAAAGUGUACCAUAUUAUGUAGUAGUGUACAAAUGAUUUCAGUUUUAUAAAUGUGAAUGUUUUGUUGUGCCUGUAGUCCUUGAUGGUUAAAAAAAGGGGGUUAUCUGCUGGUUAUGAACUGUUCGUCGGGACAAAACAAGAUGUUUCUUCAGGCUUGCCAGGCUUUGGUUUGGAAAUUUCAGGAUUUUUUUAAAAGAACAAACAUAUAAUUAUUUAAACAAAGAACAUAAGUGACAAAAUGACCCAUAGCUAUAAAAAUAUACAUUUUUAUAGUGUUUUUAAACUUGUUUUGAUGAACGCUGAAGUUUGUGCCGUUAUAGAUCUGAAAUCCCUUGUUCUUUCUGGCAGGAUGUUGCGGCUACGCUGUAAGACCAAAAAUGGAAGCCACAUCAUGCAGGGCUUGACUCACCAGUCCUGUGUGCAGGAGUUGAAGAGCAAGGUGGAAGAGCUGACUGGGAUUCCAUGCGACGUUCAAAAAAUUAUGGUCGGCUACCCACCUUCCAGCCUUGAUCUUCGAAAUGGAGAUGCCCACCUCAAGGAUUACCCCAUCAAAUCAGGAGACACACUCAUCGUUGAAGAGGAGAAAAACAAGCCAAAGCCUCAGGAACGUCCCGUCGUGACUAAAGCGCCUCGCCUGGAAGCCUCACCUGUGCUCGCGCGUCGGGUGGUGCCAGCCGACAACUCCUGCCUCUUUACCAGUGUUUACUACGUGGUGGAGGGCGGGGUGUACGACCCCGCCUGUGCCCCGGAGAUGCGAGGCCUCAUCGCCCAGAUCGUUUCGAGUGACCCGGCAGCGUACUCGGAAGCAGUGCUGGGAAAAACCAACGAUGAGUACUGCUCCUGGAUCAGGCGCGACGACACCUGGGGAGGCGCCAUCGAGGUGUCCAUCCUUUCCAAGUUUUACCAGUGUGAGAUCUGCGUGGUGGACACUCAGACGGUCCGGGUCGAUCGAUUCGGGGAGGACGCCGGCUACCACAAGCGUGUGCUGCUCAUCUACGACGGUAUCCACUACGACCCGUUGCAGAAAGAGGUCCCCGGCUCCGAUGCUCCGCCGCAGACUAUCUUCUCCACCACGGAUGAUGUAAUCCUCGCCCAGGCUCUGGAGCUGGCAGACGAAGCUCGCCGCAAGCGGCAGUUCACGGACGUCAACCGCUUCGCGUUGCGCUGCAUGGUGUGCCAGACGGGCCUGGUGGGACAGAAGGAGGCACGGGAACACGCCAAGGAGACGGGCCACACCAAUUUUGGCGAAGUGUGAAAGUUGUCGUGUCUGUCCCCCGCCCCUCCUUCUCCCCAUCACAAAUACAACCACCACCAACACCCCCCACUCCACCCCGCCCCGCCCCACGCCUGGCUCUUGUCGGUCCGUCUGCUUGUGUGAUCCUCUACCUCACAUUAUCCGGCGACAUGUUUGGAGAAUCUGCAGACACUGUGUUCAGCCUCUAAACCUGUCCAGUAUUACGUUCAGCUGCUGUCGGAAACGCCACUGCAGUGCUCCGAUGUCAUCAAACCAUCGCGUUCGUCUGCAAGGGAUGGUUUGAAAUCUGGAUUGCCGGGUCAGAAAAGAAUAUGCAAGCAAUUCUUAGGAUUUGUUUUGAUCUGGUGUGGAUUGAGGUAAUCCUGAUGGUCUGCACCGAAUCGCCUCUACUCACCCUUGACUGAUGAAAAUACGACUACAUAUGGAUCUUUAGAGUGUAAAACAACCACUAAGAAUUCUUUGCGCUGUGACGUGAUCCCUUUCACUGUUGUCUUAAACGCAGCACACCAGGUUUGACUGUUACUCAUCAUGUUUGUUAUGUAGCAUGGGUUGUUUUUUUUUUUUGUUUGUUUGUUUGUUUUGUCUCAUGAACAAAUGUCAGAAAUUCUUCCAAUACUGAGAUGAUGUUGUUAACUUUUAGAUGUGUGGACUCUUCAGUGGAGAUGGCCUGUGUUCAUGCUGGAUUCAUCCGUGCUCUUUAUCACAUCCCUCUGCAUUUAUUGAGCGGUGGCCAUUGAGACUGAGAUUAUGCAUUUUCAAGUACAAUAACGUAUUGCAAAUUGUGGUCCAAAUUCGCGUGACUGUGUGUGAACUUUUCUCUUUUUUUUUUUUUUUUUUUGCUUUUAUGUCAUUUUGGAAUAGGCUUGUUUUGAUUUCAACAGAAGGUUUAAAAACAAAACCAUAAUGGUGCUGAAAACAGAAUUUUUUUUAAGCUGUGUAGCUCAUACUUUUUUCUUCAUGGGUACGACAGGCUUUCAGGGGUGUCUUUUUUUUUUCUUUUAUUCGAGUGUGCACGUGUUAAAUGUCAUGAUGCUGUAAAGAGUUAUCUUUUUAAAAUACUUGUUUUUGUUUACCUUGAUGAGCACUUGAAGGCUGAUGACCGUAACCAAUCAGUCAGGUGACGACGAGCGUGAAGCGUGAGGAAUGCUGUAUAACAUCAAUUCUGCUAACUAAAUGAAUUCACCGUUCAGGUACACACUACUUUUUUUUUUUUUUUUAAAUCUCUUUCAUCUUAUGUUGGUAGCUUUAAGUUUAGUGUUUGACUCCAACACAAAGGCACAUUUUGGUUUCAAAUGUAGUGCAUGUUGUCCAAAUACUGCCACAGUGUUCCACUGUACAUUUCGCACAACUGGAGCAUGUUCUCACUUCUCAACUCUCCGCUGAGUCUUUCUGAUGCACACUGCCGAGGAGGAUGAAGCACGUUCCCGUCGGUGCGACGACGUCGAGGUCCUGACUAUCGAUGAGGGGUUGGCUCCCGUUUCAUUGCGGCCUCAUGCUGUGCAGAACCAGUAUUUGUUUCUCAACUCUCUGAUGGAAAUCCUGGUUGCUUAUUGCCAAACACUGUACAUUUAAAGGUGAAAGAUGUGACUGGAAUUUUGUUUUUUAUUUCUUAUUAGUCCAAUUAAACUCAAUUUUUUUUUCAAUGAAUUCUCAAACGUGAAUAGCUAUGAAUUUUUUUUUCCCCCGCUUGUUUUUUUUUACAUUUGGUAAUUUUAUUUGAUUUUAAUAGUGUUAUGGAUUAAUAAGCUUACAUUAAGGUGAAACUCUGAAAUGGCUUUGUUGUAUUUUUUUUUAAAUCUCUCAAGUUCUCAUGACUAACAAUAACAAUGAAUGUUGCACACAAAGCACUACAGAAUUAACUGGAUUUACUUGAUUUUUUUUCAGUGUUGUGUCGCAAUUAAAGGUUAUAGCCAA